AUCAACCCCAGGUCCAAAAGCGUGAACGAUCAAGACGACGAAAUAUCUAAUGAAGAAAUGAGCCUAGGCCGUCUUCUCGACAAUACCUCUCUUCACUUUAUAUCCUAUGAUCAACACUUGCAAUUGACCUCCCCGUCCAACCACUAACUAAAUUUGUCACAUAACCCUCCGUCUUCGUCGCUGUCAACUGCCCCGCCAUGGCUACCCAGUGGUAUAUCGAGAAUAAAAAUGUCGGAAACACAGAACUUGCGGAAGACUGGCGAAUUCGGGGUUACAACCCUCUUACCCCGCCAAACCUGCUACAACAUGAGAUCCCUCAGACGCCCGCAUCCAAGCAGACGGUCAUAAGCUCGCGCAAGGAGGCUGCUGCUGUCGUCAAUGGCAGAGACCCGCUCAAUCGACUCCUAGUCAUCAUCGGGCCAUGCUCCAUCCACGACCCAGACGCAGCCAUGGAUUACUGCAACCGCCUGCUCCAGCAGAAGGAGAAACACAAGGAUGAGCUACUCAUCGUCAUGCGCUCCUAUCUCGAGAAACCGCGCACCACCGUCGGCUGGAAGGGGCUCAUCAACGACCCCGACAUUGACAACUCCUUCCAAAUCAACAAGGGCCUGCGCGUCUCGCGCCAACUCUUCGUCGACCUGACGGACAAGGGCAUGCCGAUCGCCAGCGAAAUGCUCGACACCAUCUCCCCGCAGUUCCUCGCAGACCUCCUCUCCGUCGGCGCCAUCGGCGCACGCACCACGGAGUCCCAGCUCCACCGUGAGCUCGCAAGUGGCCUGUCCUUCCCUGUCGGCUUCAAGAAUGGCACGGACGGCUCUCUAGAUGUCGCCGUCGACGCCAUCGGUGCCGUCAAGCACCCUCACCAUUUCCUCUCCGUGACGAAGCCCGGCGUCGUGGCGAUUGUGGGCACGGAUGGCAAUGAGGACUGCUUCGCGAUCCUGCGGGGUGGGAAGAAAGGAACCAACUACGACGCCGCGAGCAUUGCGGAGGCUAAGGCGAAGCUGACUGAGAAAAACCUGAACUUGCGGUUGAUGGUUGACUGCAGCCAUGGCAACUCCCUGAAGGAUCACCGUAACCAGCCUAAGGUAGCUGCUGUGUUGGCGGAGCAGAUUGCAGCUGGGGAACAAGCGAUUAUGGGGGUUAUGAUCGAGAGUAACAUUAACGAAGGAAACCAAAAAGUCAGUCCGCAGGGGAAAGCAGGUCUCAAAUACGGAGUCAGCAUCACAGAUGCUUGCAUUGGCUGGGAGGAUACGGAGAGCGUAUUACAAACCCUCGCGGACGCGGUGCGACAACGACGGGAGCGCGCACAAGUUGUGUCAUAAAAAAAAGAAAGGGGAAAAAAAGACGAAAAUAUGAGUGAUUUUAGACAUUUUGCUUAUAUUCUCCUUCGAUGAUGGGAGCCUUAUUAUUCCCCUGAGUUUUUUCUCCAUCUGUUUCGAAUUUGUCUACUUGUUUGUGGUUCUCAUCUUUCUCUCCUCUUGGUCGAUCAAAACCAAGGGAGCUAAGGAAUAAUAAAAAGGAGGAUAUACACAUAUGUGGCUGUUUAGAGCUUCGGAAAGACAAAAUAU